CGCUUAGAUCACACACGUACCAUAUCAUUGGAAGGCGGUAGAGGCCUGUCAUAGAUGUUGCAUUUCUGUCUUGAUUCAUUCAUUUGUAAAUUGAGUUAUUUUAUGGGCAUCAUUCCGUUCAUUUUUCAAUAUGGCUACUGCGAUUAUAUUUCUCGCAUUAUUAUUUUGUGGCGCACAUAGAGUUUUAGCAGAGGCAUUUGAACCAGUAAAAACGGGUAAAGUCGAUGAUAGGCCACCGAACGUUGUAAUGUUCCUUUUGGAUGACACGGGAUUAGGGGAUUUAGGUUGCUAUGGAAACAAGAGUGUAAAAACUCCAAAUAUCGACAAGAUAUCAAGAGAAGGAAUGAAAUUCAACCGAAUGUACGCCAACCCAUAUUGUUCACCUAGUCGUGCUGCCAUACUUACAGGAAGACUUCCACCACGUACUGGAAUCUUAAAGGGGCGUAUUUUGCAAUGGCAAGUUUUUGUAAGCUCUGCAUCAAAUGGUGGUCUGCAUCACGACGAACUUACUAUGGCAGAGGUCUUUAAAGAGAACGGCUACGAUACCCGUCUUUUAGGCAAGUGGCACAUAGGAGACGGUCCAGGCGGGAAGUACUUGCCAAUGACGCAUGGAUUCGAUUAUUGGGUGGGAACACCUCUUACUCAUGCAUACACAUGUGGCGCAACGUACGGGGGACAGUGGACACUUCAGAACUUAUUCUACCCAUUUUUUGAGUUCUUUGGAUUUUUUGUCGUGUUGGCGCUUGGUAUACCAACAUUGAAACUCGUAGGAUUAGUUGACAUGAGCGGUAUGUUUAAGUUAGUCAAGGCGUAUUGUGUAUUUUAUGUACUUGUGUUCUUGUACAUAGCAACCAUGACCCUUACGAAUCCGAGAAGUUGUAUCCUCUACAGAAAUAACAAGAUCAUACAGCAACCAUACUACACAGAUAACCUAACUCUGGAGUACACAAGAGAAGCAGUAGAUUACCUUGAGGAAAGAGGUAAAGAACGAUCGAAACCUUUCUUUUUAAUGAUGUCAUACAACCAAAUGCACACAACCGUAUUUGCAUCACAUACAUUUAAGAAUACAGGAGGGCUUGGUUUGUAUUCAGAUGCACUUAGAGAAAUGGAUUGGAGUGUCGGUAAAGUAAUGGCGGAGCUGAAACGGCACAAACUAGAUGAUAACCUGUUAGUUAUGUUGACGUCAGAUAACGGGCCUCUAUCUACAUAUGAGCCGCAUACCCAAGCCCACGUUCCAGUCGAUCAAGGAGGAUCUGCAGGAGAAGUUACAAACAGUAAAGGAGAGCGUGUAAGAUUAAAGGGCUUCAAAAGUACAAAUUGGGAGGGAGGAAUUCGUGUGCCUGGAAUUAUUCGAUGGCCCGGAAAAAUCCCAGGUGGUAUCGAGGUUGAUUCAGUAACAUCUAUUAUGGAUUUCUUCCCGACCGUUCUCGAUAUUAUGAAACGUCCAGUGCGGGACCGUAUUAUCGAUGGCCGCAGUCUAUUACCAUUUAUAGAAAACGCCAACAGACCAACGCAGCACAAUUUUCUCUUCCACUGGUGUGACCCUGAUCACCCAGCCGCGGUAACUUACAAAAAUUACAAAGCCAUUUUCGUUGAUGAAACCAUUCACGUAGGGUGUAAUCGUAAUUUUCGCUCUGAACCAUUGCUCUUCGACAUGGCAAACGACCCAGGAGAGUCGAAGCCGCUUACUUUAGAUAAAUAUCAAGAUGUUCUCGAAGAAAUUCGUGUUGCUAUUCGCUUCCAUAUGCAAAGCCUUAACCAGAAUUAUAUAACAGAAAUGGAAAAAAUAUUUGUACCAUGGUGGUUUCCAUGUCAAAAUUUUCCAUACUGUUCAGUAACUCCUAAACCAGGAUAUUAUGCAAAGUUAGGUAUUUAAUUGGCAUCAACAUACAGUACUAUUAUUAUUGUAUUGGUUUCAUUUCAUUAAUUGUAGUCAAAAAGUAGGCCUGUUAUUACUAAUUUUAUUGGCUUUUUUUUCAUUUUUUUACUGUUCAGAACAUAAAGACGCAGACCUGGCAUGUCUGUAAAUAAUUUUGCUACUAAAUGCAGUAUGCAUUAAAUUUUGUGUGUGAAUGACGUCAACCUAAGAAUUUUGAAAUAAAUCUCAUUUCGCUGAUGAA